ACACAAUCUUACUACUCGCUCGCUAUGGGAAUCCAGGCAAAAUACGUGCUGCUGAUCGCACUCGCGGUGCUGGUGCUGCUACCCGCAAAGGCGCAUGCUUUUGGCGCGGGCAACAUCGCCUCGAUCUCCGCGGUUGAAGGAAAGAACUGGCGCCAUGGAGAUAUCGAGGACAUGCUCGCUACGGUCGCGUGCUUGAAAGGUCACAAGUGGAAGUCUAUGAUGAUCAAGCGCGUGUACUUUGGCAACUGGCUCCGAGACUACUCGCAGGCUGUAGAUACCGCAACUCUGAGCAAAGUUCAAGGUGACACCAUUCGCGUCCUUGUGUGGAUCCUGUCCUUUAUGUCAUUCGGAUAUGCGACUGGCGAGUUUGAGGUUACCGCCGACCGACUUGGUGUCUACAGGCCAGAAGAGCACAUUGACAACCCGAAAGACUAUGCCGACAACCAGGAUGCCAGGAAGUUCGAUCCUCGUCUGCGCGGACCCGUUACAGAUAUCGAGCUUGCUGUCGACCCGGAAACUGGAAUGAAGAACUAUAUCGCUAAUGAGAGAGGCAACUGGGCCACUUCAGCAGGCUACGUCAAGUUUUCUUUCUCUCGAGCAAUCCACUACGGCCGCAUGUAUACUCAUGGACCAGACGGAGAGCGCGGAAACGAAGCAAAUCUUGCGGAAGCACUACGGUGUCUCGGACAAGGCCUCCAUUGCCUGGAAGAUUUCGGCGCUCACACCAACUACACCGAGCUUGCAUUACGAGAACUAGGAUACUCAAGCGUGUUCGCGCAUACAGGAACCCAGACCCAAAUCAACCUCCACGGCAAACACGUGUACCCUCUCGUGACCGGAACCUUUGGAGGUGUUGAUUUCUUCCAUUCUGUGCUAGGUGAAGCGACGGACCACAUCACGCAAUCUGAGGUCGAUGAGAUGAACACCACGUUGUCAGACGCUUUGACAAGUAAUACCAAAGGCAGCGGAGGCAGCUGCUCGGCUCUUACAGAUGUCCUAGGGAAGGUUCCUGGGACCAGUGGGUUGAUCAAAGAAGCUCAGCAGCUUCAGGCACAGUCUGAUGCGCAAGCUGCCGCCAUCUCAGGACACGGAUACCGAAGCGGGGGUUAUGAUGACUACAGCAGUUCAAGAGCUGGCGGUCCUGGCCAAGGCGCCCCAACUUUCGAUGCGCCUCCUGGGUCUGUCGGUGGACCACCAGGACCUAACAUACCAGGCACAAACACUGACCCAGCGACCAUCAUCCCUAAGAUUUACCCAAUCCUGGAGUUCCGAGACAAGGUGGUGAGGAACAUCUCCGCGAUCAUCGAGAAGAUCCCUGGUCUGGAGAAGCUCAUUGAGACGAUUACCGAGCGCGUCACCCUUUUUGUGCUAUCCCUGCUGGCUCCAUUCGUCAUGCCAAUCAUCAAGCAGGCGUCCGAGUCUCUCAAGCAAGGCUCCUCCACCGUUAUCGAUUCGGCGGCUAAGCACCAGUUCGAAGUCUGGACAAACCCGCACUCCUCUGACCCCACCCACAGCAUGCUCUCCAAGGACCACUUCUCCAACGUCCUCAACGCACCCGCCGGCCAAAUCGCAGUCGCGAUCCUGCAGUUCGUCGCACCUCGCGUGGUCUACGCCUUCGACCACCCUGACGUACCCGUCGACCAGGUCCUCAACGACUGCAUGCAGGUCUUCCACCACCCUGCCAUCCGCAACCACAACAGCGAGAUCCACAGGAACAUGUUCUCCGUUGUCGAGAAGUGGGCACAGAGCCACCGCGGCGGUGACCUCAACCACAUCCUCAGCUCGGAGAGCGUCCGCGCCGGCAAGAACCACAGCGGCGGCAACGACCACUCGCACGGCGCCGGCCACGGCGCCGCGGGCGUCUCGUCGUUCACGAGCCACGGCCAUGGAGGCGGGCACGCACAGCAGCAGUCACACUCCAGCGGCUACGGCCAACAGUCGCACGCGAGCUCCAGCAGCGGCGGAGGCCUCCUCGGCAGCCUUGCGGGCAACCUCCCUGGCGGCCUGGCCAACAAGCUCAGCCCCGCGCUCAACAUGUUCGGCGGAAGUGGGAAGCGCGAAGUUGACGACUUCGACGCCUCCGCACCGCAGUCUUCGUACGACCAUUCCCAGUCGGCGUACCAGCCGUCUCCCUCGCCAGGCCCCACGCACGACUGGGGCUCGUUCCAGCCGUACCAGUCGUCCUACGCGGGCGGCCAGUCCCACGGCGUGCCAGAGUACAACGGCGCGCCGCCCGGCGGCGAUGUCGGUGGCUGGGGUGCUCAAGGACAGUAUCAUGGGGGCCAGGGCGCGGAGCCGAGUUAUACGGUGCCGACGGCGUACCAGCAGGGAUAUGAGGGGUAUGAUGCGCCACAGCAGCAGGGUGGGUAUGGAGGGGCGUAUGGGCAGCAUGAUCAGGGGCAGAGCGAGGGCGGGGGCAGGCAGUGGGGUGCUGGCGGCGGGAAUAAUUUAUACUAGACCCUAGGUGAUGUACGGGGUGGAGUCUGGCCAAGGUUGGGGUUGGUGCUGGGCGGGAAUAGAGGGCAAGGAAGUAUUCUCA